CUUGUUUUGUUUGCGCCCCAUCCCUUCCGGGUUCCGGCGAAUCCGAUCAGAGCCUUGUCGCUCCAAACACAGUGCGACAAUGGCGGCCGAUCGUCUCUCCGCCUGCUCAUAGCUUUCAUUUUUAACACAAAGCUUCGCAAUAAUCAAUAUAGCCAUGGACCUAUCCAACCUCCAAUCUAGGGUUCCGCCCCACCCUCGUUCACUCCACCAUCAUCUCCUGCCCAAACCCUCGUCCUCCACCUACCACCGCGACAAGCGCCUCAUCGUCGCUGCCUCCCUCCUCGCCAUUCCCUUCCUCUUCUACCUCCUCUCCACCGCCUUCGGACUCUUCCGCUCCCCCAGAUUCGUUCGACACCAACCCAAACCCAACCUCUUCGGAAUCGUCAUCGAUGCUGCGUCCUCCGGCUCCCGAGUCCACGUCUACGAGUUCCUCAACGAUGGCGCGGUUAUUGGCCUCGAUGGAACUGGCUCCAGCUCUCUCAAGGUCGAGCCAGGAUUGCACCGGUUCGCCGACGAUCCCGAGGCCGCCGGACGGUCGGUUUCGAAGUUGGUUCAGUUUGCUAAGAGUCGGGUUCCGAGGAGCGAGUGGAGGAAUACCAAGGUGCAGUUGAUGUGUACGACGGAGGUGGAAAGGUUGGAAUUGAGGUCGAGGGAGGCUAUAUUGGAGAGCUGCAGACGGGUUUUGAGGUCGUCCGGGUUUCUGUUCAAGGACCAAUGGGCUGCGAUAAUGGAAGGUGAAGAAGAAGCUCUUUAUGCUUGGGUGGCUGCAAACUAUGCUCUUGGAACCCUUGGAGGAGAACCUCAGGAAACCACUGGAAUUGUUAAACUUGGUGGGGCUUCUAUGCAGGUUGCAAUUUCUCCUAGAGAUCCACGAGUGAUUCAACUUUCUAGGAUGAUCAAACUGGCUGGAGUUAAAUACAAUAUAUAUGUAAAAAGCAUGCCAUACUUUGGCCAGGAUGCAAUGUGGGACUCUCUGUCUGAGCUACACAAGUCAAAAGACUUGUUAUCUUCUUUUAGUUCCACAGAGAGUAUUGUAAGAAAUCCUUGCAUUCGUGGUGCAUAUGAAUCUGCAUCAAAUGAAAGCGAUGCAAAACUUUUGAGAUCUUAUACAGUGGGAAACUUUUCUGCAUGCAAAUCCGAGGUCGCAGCGCUGUUGAAGAAGAGGCCCGAUAAAUGCUUGCAUGAACCUUGUGAAAUAACAUCAUCAAACCUGCUUGAGUUGCAGGGCAAGCCUGUUCCUCCAGAUAAAUUCUACUUUAUUUCUGAGUUUUUUGGGCUGGUUCCAAGGGCUUCGUUGUCAGAGUUGGAAGUUGCUGGGCAUCAUUACUGCGAAGAUGAUUGGAAUAAAUUAAAAAACCAGUAUCACAAUGUUGAUGAUCUCAAUUUGUCAAGAUAUUGUUUUUCUUCUGCAUAUGUGGUGGUGCUGUUGCAUGACAGUUUUGGUAUCCCUAUGACUGAUAAGAGGAUUGGAUUUGCAAAUGACACCAAUGCCGAUCCAGCUCCCGACUGGACUCUUGGAGCUUUCAUCCUGGAAGCAAUGCAGGAUCCCCUUGAAGUGGCGACAGAAAAUUUGGGGGAGAUUGUUGGUAGCGAUGCUGUUGCUUAUUUCUCAUUUUUUGCUGUGCUUUUAAUUGCUGUGCUUGGUUCAUUCUUUUUACUGAGAUGCCAAAAACCACAGGUGAAGACAAUAUAUGACUUAGAAAAGGGGCACUAUAUUGUCACCCGUGUGCCCAGAUAAUUAAUUAUUAUUUGCCUUUUCUCCCUUCCUCUUCAUGUUUUUUUUUUUUUUUUUUAACCUUCAGAAAUAGUAAAUAUUGCUGAUUUAGAUGUCUA